AUGAAAAACAGCAGGCCAAUCAGUUAUACUGAAAAGCUUUACUUUUGGAGAACUAAACUUGGCGGAUAUUCCAAUUUUAGAUUUGUAGGUGAAUAUUCGAUUGAAUUAAAUGCCCAGAAUGUCUUUCAAGCUUUGGAGACAAUGCUAUACAAGUAUAGCCCAUUAACUGCAGGAAUGCUUCCAACUAAUGACGAGUCUCUGGGUUAUCAUAUAUCUCUAAUUUCUAAAGUCAAAUACGGAGAUGUUGUUGAAUUUAUCACAGACGAGGCUUUAGAAGGGAACGUUACUGGAAUUCUAGACAAAUAUCAUUCAGUACACUUCAAUUUUGAUGAUUGCACUCCGUUGUGGAAGCUCAAGAUUAUCAAUGGGAAGUACGCCUUGUUCUUUUGCGAUCACGCAUUUUUCGACGGUACAUCUGGAAAGAAUUUCCAUAUCGAAUUUUCAAAUGCCUUGGCAGAACAAAAGACAACUGAAAGUGGACCAUCUGAAGGAAUGGACACCGUUUUAUUUGACAGGUCACUGACGGACCCAGAAAAAUAUCAGAUAUUCCCACCACCAAAGGAUAUAAUAGACUACAAUGGAUCAAUCAUUACACAACUCAAAUCAAUAUUGGAGGCGGUUGCACCUAAGCCAAUCACCAACUGGUUGAAAUAUUGGUUUGGAGGCAAUCCAUAUGCCAAACUGAUGACAUAUAACCCACUUCUGGGUAAUGAUUUGAAGUUGAUCCCUGAUGACAAAAUUGGUGAUUCAGUGAACGUCUUUCUAAAUCCUACAGAAGUAAAAAAGAUGAUCCAAUUAGCCAGAAACCAUAAUGUUAAAAUGACCUCAUUAGUUGUACUAUUGGCACAAUUGAGUAUUCGUGAUUUCAUCAGCGACGACAAAGAUAGUUUAAUCUCUGUUCCAAUUAAUCUUAGAUCUGAAAUUGACAAUGAAAAGGCAAAGAAAUUAUGUGCUAAUUUCUCUGACAAGUUUGGAAUUUACAUGAGUGGUAUUGAAAUCGAGUUGCCUGCAAUCAAGAAGAUUUGUCCGGGUGGGGAGAUUGACUGGAAGUUGGCUGAAUACAUUCACAAUGAGAUUCACCAGAGAGCGAAGUCUUCCAAGUACCGUUGGGGUUUGGCUAAAUAUAUCGAUCCUAAGAAAUAUAUCGAAGGAUACAUUUCGAAGAGAGAGAGGGAGACACUUGAGGUUUCUAAUGUUGGUAUAGUGUCAAAUUGUAGUCCAAUUCUUCUGCAUUUAUGGUUUGACCAACCACCCGAAGGUUUUAGUAUCAAUAUGGCAAGUACUGCAAAUGGUGCCAAUCUUACUCUGAGGUCCUACAAUGCUGCUCAUAUAGAAAAGUUUGCAAGUGAGUUUGAGAGGUUGCUUAGAGGACUGUUGGAGAAGAAAGAAUAG